GCUAUUUCCCAACAGAGAGCCCUAAGCCAUUCCCCCUCCCAAGUGCUCCUCAUGUUUCUAUAGUAAUUUCCAGCCAAUGAUCAGUAGGUGUCCACAUCCCAGCUUCCUCACCUCAGCACCAAUCAGCCACACACAGCGACAGGAGACACGGACCGAGCUAACACUCGGCUGCUACACAAUACACCCCGGACCCAGAGGAAACACCUCACCUUCCGUAAUUCACCUUCGGCACAGAGGUACACUGCUGGCGGUUUUUCUGUCUCCCUUCCACCUCACUUCUUUUCUUUUGUGAUGUGCUGCUCUAUAUUGGCAGACUGGUAGCGUCUGGAAUCUCUUUUCAUCGGGAACCUGUACCAGAGAAGACAUGCGAAGAUGGUAAAAUAUUGUUUGUAACCAGCUCCAGCUCGAGAAAGGUGAAUACAGCUCUAGACUUUUUUUUUACCACAUCACUAAAUAAUUGCGGCCAUGUCUAAUAUAAACAAUGCUCUUUGUGUUGAGAAUGGACAGAGCGCUGAGCCUUCUAUAUUACAAAAGGAUAAUCUUCAAGAGAGUGGAUUAAACCCCGUUUUGGAUUAUAAUGCCGAAAUGGAAAGGUACAGAUCUUUUGCAAACUUUUAUAAAACGAAUGGGGCAUUUCCACAGACAGCGAAGAUUGCUCGUAUAACGACGCCAAUUUUUCCCAGUGCCAGAAUUGGUGUGUCCCCUUGGAACUGCGAUAACGCUAUGCUCUGGGGAAGGAAAUCAGCAGCAAUAAACUCUAAUAGGACCAGCAUGCAUAGAAAUGACUCCCAGAGGCCGGGGAAGCCUGGCGUGCCGCCAGAGACGUUGCAAAUGGCAAAUAAUAAUUUCCUCACUACCUUAUCCCCCGAACACUGCAGACCUUUAGCAGGAGAAUGCAUGAACAAGCUGAAAUGCGGCGCUGCUGAAGCAGAGAUAAUGAAUCUCCCAGAACGCGUUGGAACUUUUUCCGCUAUUCCGGCUUUAGGGGGCAUCUCAUUACCUCCCGGGGUCAUCGUCAUGACAGCCCUUCACUCCCCCGCAGCCUCAGCAGCCGUUACAGACAGUGCGUUUCAAAUUGCCAAUCUGGCAGACUGCCCACAGAAUAAUUCCUCGGCAUCCAGUGGAAACCCUGCGAAGAAGAAAAGGAAAAGGUGUGGGGUCUGUGCACCCUGUAGGAGGCUAAUCAACUGCGGGGUUUGUAGCAGUUGUCGGAAUCGCAAAACCGGCCACCAGAUCUGCAAAUUUAGGAAAUGUGAAGAGUUGAAGAAAAAGCCAGGCACGUCGCUUGAGCGGACUCCUGUCACUGGCGGCGAAGCCUUCAGGUGGUUCUUCUAGAUUCCCAGCUAUCACAAAACACCUGCAGUCUGAUGUGAGGUAACAUGCUGGCUUGGCGCUGAAAGCACUUGUCUGGGGUUGUAGACCCCAGUCCAUCUUUUGGAGAAGAAAUAUAAGAAAAAAAAAACAUUUUGGUGGUGGUUUAACUCUGUAAUUUCCUUUUCCGUGUAAUAAUGUACCUUUGGACAGUAUCAUGUAUACUUUGGUGUCAAUGAAUGUGUUUCAGUGUUCUGACUGUGCAGAGAAACAGUCACUCUUACGUAAUGGACUCAAAAGACAAUCAUGACAAAAUAAAAAAAAAAACAGGCCACAAGGAUUAGCAUCUUAUUACAACACACUGCGCUUUUAGAUUCGGAGCAAUAAUUUUUGAGUUGAUUAAUUUCCUCCCUAUAUAUUUACUCUAAUUUAAUUCAUUGAGUUUUCUGGUUUUUUUAUACCAUACAUGUAUGUGGCCCUUGCCUUUAUAGAAUCUUGAGAGCAGGUCUUCUUUAUUUAAUGAGCUGUUUCAUAAUUGAUACACAGAAAGAAGGCAACUGAAGUGGUCCAGUUUAUUUCUUGAGUUACUCCGCGUGUAGCAGAACAGGGCACAUUGUCUUGUGUGAUGAGUUGCACUUAUGUAGAAAGAUCAUAAUUAUUCCCUUUCUCAGCACAAGACAUACAGUGCGGCAGUGAGAGAUCCUUUAUUUUUUCUGUCUACAUAUUCCUGUGACACUGAACAAAAAUACUGUAUAAAUUCAACAGGCAUGUGUGGAACAAAGAAUCACGUUCAGAAAAACAAUGUUAUAAUUCACUUAGAUGGUUAAAAGAAUUUAAUUAUCAGAUGACAGACAUCUGGUGUAACUGGUGGGUUUAUUCCACCUUUUUUCAUACAACAGGUUAGAAACUGUCUGAAAGGUAGGUAGAAAUACCGGUAAAGGAAUUCGAUUUACAUGAAAGUAUUACAAUUUUAGCUUUCUCUAAUGGUACAGUAUGGUAUAAAUAUCUGACAAUUUAUCCUGAAAAUAAAGGAUUCUGUGUUUCUUCCCACUGCAGAGAUAAACGUGACCUGCAUUAAUGUGUUGAAGUGAAGCUAAAGUACACAUUCCAAAUAAAUUAUUUAAUAAGUUACUCAUUGUCUUAAACCCUGUUGUUGCAUGUAUAAAUGUGUUUUGGUUUAAAGAUUACUGAAAAUUUGUAUAUUGUUGUUGUGAUGCUUUUAUGUGUUAAAUAAAAAAGAAGGAAAAAAUCUAGAAAAGUAUUUGAUGUUAAUGAACAAUGGACAUUUUUAUUCCCACGUGUAAAAUUAAACACUCAUGAUGAUCUCCA